ACUCAUAAAUGGAACCUUUUAUUCGAAUUUAAUUUUUAUAUUUCAAUUCCAAUAAUAAAAUCUCAAAACACGGUAUUAGAUAAAACAAAAUGCAUCAACAAUUGUUUUUCGACCCACUGGUGAUGUUACCUUAUACGAAAGUGACAAAGACUUUUGACACUAUUUCAAAUAAUGUCAAUACUCAAAUUGGAUUGCAUGACAACAAAGGUUAUGGUGAAAUCAUUGUUCCGCAAUAUAAACAAAUAUCAAAUCAGUUCGUGAUGGAAAAGAUGAAGAAAAAACGUUGUUUGUUGAAAAGUGUCCACGAAACGCAUCCGCACAUCGAAAUUUUUGCGGACAAUCACACAUUUGUCGGCAGAACGCGUGAGUCUCAGGUAGCCGAUACGCUGGUGUCAAAGAAACACUUAAAAGUGCGCGCUGAUUUCGAUAAGAAGUGCGUUAUCUUCGAAAUACUUGGAUUGAACCCGUCGACAUUGAAUGGCGUGAGUUUGGAAAAAGACAAAGAGCACAGAGCAUUCCACGGUGAUGUUAUUGAAAUCAUUCCAUCGAAAUAUCCGUAUAAGGUUCACUUUGAGCUUGACGAGGUCAAGGAGUCAGAGCCAUCAAAUAAGCUCGAACGCAAGCGAAAGAGAAGUACCGAAGAACAAGCUGGCACCAAUUUACCUUCAGUGAAAAGAAUGAAAUGGGAAAUCGAUGUAUGCUUGGAUUUAAAGCAACAAGCCCCAGGUACACCAUGGGAAAGCUACAACAACGGUCAAUUACUUGUGUACACAUCACCAAAUUGCAAACCAUCGGAAAAAAUCGGUGCCUAUGAUAUGGACGGAACGCUCAUCAAAACACAAUCAGGCAAAGUGUUUCCCACAAGUGUCGAUGACUGGAAAUUGGCGUUUGGCACAGUGACCACCACGCUAAAAUCGAAGCAUUCGAAUGGUUUCAAAAUGGUGAUACUAACGAAUCAAGCCGGUGUGACGUCAGGAAAAACCAAAGUGCCGGAUAUCAAAAAGAAAAUCGAAAAUAUUAUAAAAGCAUUGGGCGUUCCAGUUCAGGCAUUCGUUGCAACCGGUGACAAUUGCUUCCGAAAACCAUUGACGGGAAUGUGGCAAACGUUAUGCGAUCACAAGAAUGGCGAUGUCACAGUCGACACAAGCCAAAGCUAUUUCGUCGGCGAUGCAGCCGGCCGACCAGAGAACAAAGCGAUGAAAAAGAAAAAAGACCACUCAUCGGUGGAUCGAUUGAUGGCCAUGAAUUUGUGUUUGGAAUUUUUCACACCAGAAGAGCACUUUAUGAAAGCAUCGCGACAAAAUUGGACCAAGCCCGAAUUCGAUCCCAAAGAUUUUCUCAGUCGCUCGGUACAGCUGAUCAAUAACCCAAAAAUGAAGAUUGCAUCAGUCGAUUUGGAGCUGAUUGUAAUGGUUGGUGGACCAGGCACAGGCAAGAGUCGUUUUUGCAAGGAUCACUUGGAAGGCGAUAGCUAUGAAAUCGUUAGCCGAGACGUGCUUGGUUCUUGGCAAAAAUGCGUUGACCGCGUGAACGAUUGCCUCAAAACCAGACGUAAAGUUGUGGUGGACAAUACAAAUGGAGACCGAGAAAGUCGUGCCCGCUACGUGAAUGCAGCAAAGAAACACAAGGUUCCGUGUCGUUGUUUCGUGAUGACAACCAGCUUCAAGCAUGCCGAACACAAUAUUGCAUUCCGCGAACUUACCGACACAAAACAUUCAAAAAUCAGCAAAAUUGUUCUCAACAGUUACAAAAAGAAUUUCGUUGAACCAUCGAAGGAUGAGGGAUUCAGCGAAAUAGUGCACGUCAAUUUUGUGCCAACGUUCAAAGAUGAACGAGAAAAAUGCCUGUAUGAAAUGUAUUUGUUAGCAUCGUAAAAGAUUCAAUGUUCCUCUCAUUUUUGUUUAUUUAUAUCAAUGUAAUCGUUCGAGCUAUUCACUUGUGUUUAAAAAAAAUAUCAAAUAAAACCAAAAGAGUUAGAAAUGAUGGAA